AUGGACCUUGAUCGAAAGGGAGACCGAGACCGAGACGAGAUUGUGAAGAACUCCCAACACAUUAAGACCGAAGCGGACCAAGAUCGAGGGGAAAGUGAGAAAGACUCAUGUCAAGGAGAGGAUCCCAAGGCAGUGACGUUCAUCCCACAAUCCUAUAUUAAUGCAGCUAACACGAAUAUGACAUGCUAUGUGAACUUUGUGAGGAUUCGGAGUAGGUCUGAGGAGGAGCCGAAGGUGGAUCGUGAUGCUCGGAGUAAGUCAAAAGGAAUGAAGGCGGGCAUUGUGCUUGGAGUAGGUCAGGAGAUACUACCUCCAAUUCUCGGACGAAUCCAAACCCAAACCCGCAAGAUCUCCACCGUCAGAUCAAUCCGAUUGUCCUCAUCACCGUCGUCGCCAAAUCCGAUGGACGAGCGUCAUCCUCCGAAACGAGUCGUCGUCUGCGGCGGCGGAGUAAUCGGCGUCUGCGCGGCCUACUUCCUCUCCAAGAAGGGCGCCGCCGUCACGCUCGUCGAGAAAUCUUCCGUCGCCUGCGCCGCGUCCGGAAAAGCCGGCGGAUUCCUCGCCCUCGACUGGUGCGAUGGUAGGCCCCUCUCCUCCCUCGCCCGCGCCAGCUUCAAUCUCCACCGUUCGCUGGCGGAAGAUCUCGACGGCGCGCGAUCGUACGGCUACAGACCCCUCACUACUCUCAGCCUCACCGUCACCGAGUCCAAUAACCCUCCCUCCGGUUCCCGACCCUCCGGUACCUGCAUCGUCCUCUCCCGAGACUCCUCAAAAUGGUAA